AUGGCCGCCACGACUGAACAAAAGCAGCAGCCGAUUGUCGACGCUGCCCCAACCGCUCCUGAGAACACAACCAACAAGCCCACCACGAAUGGUGUGAGUAGUGCUGCUGCUACAACUGAGCUGGUUGAAGAUAACAAGGUAAAUUCUUUCAUUCCUUGGACUUUUAAGUUGUCAUCAUCUUUUUUUGCUCGUCACCAUGGCAACACACUCGCUAAACUCAUUUUGUCACCUCUUUUUUUUUUUUUUUUUUUGGUCAUCUAUAAGGUUUUUGUCGGAAACUUGCCGUUCAAGACCAGUCAAGAGGCUCUGACCAAGUUUUUUGAAAGUGCCGGCAAAGUCACGGAAGCUACCAUUAUCAUGCAUGGUCGCCGUUCGCUUGGCUAUGGCUUUGUAGCCUUUGAGACUGCUGCAGAGGCUGAAAAGGCAAGAAAGGAGCUGAACAAGAAGGAACUCGAGGGCCGUGAGGUGAACGUCGAAGUCGCCAAGCCCAAGGCCCAUGUCGAGAAGAAGCAAGAGCAGACAACGACCUCUGAGGCCAACAAGGUUGCCGCCACUGCUGAUGCCAAGGGUGAAGAGGCAAAGCAAGACGAAAGCCAAAAGAAAAAGAGCCGUCGUGUGCGCCGUCGCAAGGCCGCUGCUGAAAAGGCCGAGCGUCCACCUGCCGAGCCUUCCAAGACCACUGUGUUUGUUGCCAACAUUCCCUAUGCGACCACCGACGAGGCCCUUUUAGCCGUUUUCAAGGAGUACAAGGUUAAAUCUGCGCAAGUGGCUCGUAUGAAAAAUGGUCGCUCCAAGGGUUAUGGUUUCGUUGACCUUGAAUCCGAAGAUGAGCAGAAACGCGUCUUGGAUACGGUCAAGGAUGUGGAAUUGGAAGGCCGCGCUAUCUACUUGAAGGUGGCCAUGUCUGAGCGU